UUCUGCUACUAUUUUUGACCUCCUGAUCUUCAGCGAAGGCAGAACUUCCUCUUUCUUCCUUUACUCAAGCAGCUUUCGAGAUCUGAAGGAAGAUGGGAAACAAAGAGAUGCUUUGCUUCUCAGCGAGGAUCUCGCGCUGCCUCCUGGCUCUCCUGUUGCUGAGAGAAGCUGCAGGUGCCACUUUCUUUCAUCUGUAUGAAACUGAACUCAGGACUCUGACCUGCAAUGAAUCCUUUGGGGGAGACAAUGCUACUUGGUGGAUUGGGCAGCAGACUACCUCUCUGCAAAAAUUUGAACGGUGGUGCUACUAUCAAAAUGGGGUUGUCCAAACUCACUCUAAAAACUCUAACCAUGAAAACUGCCCCAACAACCUUUCCCUAAGCAAUUUCUCCAGUGGUGGGAUUUUUGCAUGCAAAACCCAAGUGGGGCAUCGGAUCAAAACCCUUCUAUUUUCUUCAAAAAAUGACUGCACCAAUUUCAAUUUCUUUAUUGUAGCAAUAAUAAAGAACUCAACAGAGCAGCGUUCUGAAAACAUUGGUUGGAAAGCAGAGGAAAAGGUCUCCACUGAGGAAAACCAAAACUUUACUCUUUCCUGCGAGUUUGAACUGGGAAAGAACACAACCGAUUUCGCUGUGUAUUGGUUUAAAGAAACCAAACCGAGCAAGUGCCUCUUUUCAGCUUCAAAUGAAGGCUACGGCACUGCUGUUGACUUCUCCUACGAUAUCAACUGCUGUAUUGAUGACGCAUUCAGAGACCGACGAAUCAAGAACUCCACAAUUUUAGAUCGUCAACAUCGAAGCCAUACGCAUGUCGUUACAAUCACCAACAGCACCACGGCCGACAAUGGAAGCUAUUUAUGUCUGGUGGCCGCUUAUAAUAAAAGAUACAGGUGGACAAUAGAACGUAGGAUAUCUGUGAACGUGAAGGAAGCAUCGCCAGAUUCGCCACCCAACCCAAACCUCGGCCUGAAGAUUCCCCUCGCAGCCAUCGCUGCAGUCAUCGUGGCAGCCCUGCUUCUGAUGAGUGGGGUAAUUUUAUUCUUGUACUGCAAGAAAAAAGCAAAAGGAAAGCCACUGGAAAGUCAACAAAGGGACCAGACUACAGUGGCAACAGAAGAUUGUUCCCCGUAUGCCGUUUCCAGCCGCAACGACCUAAAUGGACAAGAAACGGUUUAUUCUCUAGCCACAAAUCCUGGGGAAGCCCCUUCGGCCGCGUAUUUCUCAUCCCAGAGCAAGCCAGCUCCUCGCGUGCAACGUGGAGAAAAUGUGGAAGAUCUUUAUUCUAAAGUUUUGAAGGACAAAAAUGGUCCUUCCUUGGCCUCUGAUUCCAGUGUAUGAAGUGCCUGAUUUUGCCUUCCAAAACUUUCCUUUAUUGGGCAGGGAAAAUGGACAAUUCUCCAAAACAGGAAGGCAAGUUGAAUUGUUUGGAGGACUGCAGAUUUCAGGUCAAAAUUCUGGAGCUGAGUAGGUGGAGAACAUCUUCAGAGGAUUUUCGCCAGAAAACAUUUGAAUUAGCUGGUUCCAGAACAGCUGCCCAGCUCUUUUCCCCUCCCUUCAACUUCCCUGUGAGCUGCCAUGUUUUAUUUUAUUUUAUUUUGAGUUUUGCACCCGUGCCAUUGCUAAAAA